AUGCUGACAACAGAUCAGCACCGCCACCUUCAGANNCAAGCACUGAAGCACCAUCCCGAUCGUGUGCCCGCCGACUCGCCCGAACGUGCAGCCCGCACCAGAAAGUUCCAGCAGAUCAACGACGCCUACUAUACUCUUUCGGAUCCUACAAGACGAAGAGACUACGACGCCACACGACGCUACCAUGGAUUCGGUUCUGGAUUUGGUGGAUUUGGCUCUGGCUCGGGUUCAAGCUCAAACACAGCUCCAGGGGGCUAUGGCGAUCCAGAGGAGGAGGUUCCACGACCAGAGGCCGGUAAACAGGAAGGAGGAGGUUUCAGCUUCCCAUGGAGCGCCUUUGGUUUCGGUGGACAAGCAAAGACCGAGGAGGACGCGAACAAGUUUAGCAGCGAACAAUUUGGCAACGUCUUUGAGGAGAUGCUCAGGGAGCAAGGUAUGGCAGAGGGCGAAAACAACUCUCCUACAGGCAGAUUCUGGUCCAUGGUCGGUGCAGUCAGCGGAGGUGCAAUGGGCUUCAUCAUCGCCAACGUGCCAGGCGCCAUCGCAGGUACCGUGGCUGGCAACAGACUCGGUGCUGUCAGAGACAACAGGGGCAAGAGUGUCUACUCUGUCUACCAAGAAUUGGACCAGCCGGCAAAGAUGCGCCUGCUUAGUGAACUGGCAAGCAAGGUGUUCGCUCAUGCCAUCAGCUGA